AUGCCACCACACCGCAAUGUACUCGCAAGGCAGCACAACACUCGUGGAAGCGUAUCGACUCAAGGUACAGAUAAUACAGGUGAUCCCAUGGAUAUCUCAGCCUCGGCAUCAGAAAGGCAAUACCCAGGAAAAAGAGGAGCGACCACACCCUCUAGGGAUAUGCCACCUCCCAAGAGGACGAAAGCAACCGAGGAAAGAGAACCCAACUAUGGUAUUGGCGGCAGCCCGAAUGAUCCCACUUUCCGCAGAGCUCUCAGAGUCAAGGAUUUAGAUCUUCACAAAUCCUAUGUAAAGGAGUUCAAACGGGCAGCCGAAGCACAAAAAAAGCAUAAAGGCCCGCGGCAACAUUUCGAAUACGAUGGGCCAAAGCCUAUGGCUGAUAUUACGCUUCUUCCAGAUGAUUGGAACUCCAACGAGCCCGACCUCGACGAUGAAGACUGGGAUGCUCAAAUCAAAAGAUGCAAGGAGAGAAUUGAGGAAGGACUCAUGACCCAUGCCUAUGAAGCCAAGCUCAAAGGGUUCGAGGAAGCUAAGGCUCGUGAAGCCGCACUGAUCAAAUCAGUGGUGGGAGAUAGCAAUGAGCUAUACAGUAUGGCUGUUAUCAAAAGACUGGCCACUCUCAUGGAAAUACAAGAGGAUCUUGAGAACAAGGAGGACAAGACCAAGACCAAGACCGAUCAGAUUCCUAAUGUGAAGGCCUUGGGGAAGAAACUAUGCGAGCCAAGGCCAUUUGAUUGGGAUGAGUUUGAGGCGGUAAAUGACAAAUACGAAGGCCACAAGGGCUUCUGGGUAGAAGGCUCGGACGUUGAAGCUGCUGGUACUAAGGAGGUCAAUGCAAUUAUUUCAUUCACACCUCGAGGCCCUGGACAGCUUUAUUAUUACAAGGUUGCCUGCCGCUUUCCAAAUUUCGCCUGGUGGCAUGAGCUAGAGUUCAUGUGGGACACCGGUUCCUCGCUGAUGACCAUGUAUGAAGGCGAUAUUCGAUCGCUUAUGGGACCACAGAUUGCUCCACAGGGCUAUAUUCCCGGAAUACAUCUAUACCAUGGUCCUCGAGUGCUUGGUGUCAUUCAGGCCGCGGCUUACGGCGGUAAUGCAAUUAGCUUCGAGAUGAUUGAGAUCGAGGUUUGCUUAUUGGACGACCACCGAAAGAGAAUGACACCAUGGAUCAGGAGAUCAGUGGGUAUUAUGAUGGGCUUACCUCCAGUCCCCGGCACUGGCGGAUCGCCCAGGCUCGACGACAAUUGGCUUCGGCAUUGCGUGUACGUAGGCACUGCACCAGAGGUCUCUCAGGCACUGAGAUUUGCUACCAGUCCCGGUGCGCUACAUCUUCCAAACAGGGGAACUUGUAUGGCUAAUAUACCACCCAUGCCGAACUGGGUGCCGCCAUUACAACCACUGUGGCGGACUCAUAUCCCUCCGCUCACAGCGGCGGUGCCGAUGCCGCCAGGGCCUACGUGGCCCGAAGAGCCACCGAAUAUGCCACGGGCAGCACCGGGUGUCCCGUGA